CUUUGAGAAAUCAGUGGAGAGUUCUAUACGAAUUCAUGAAAAAACAAAAUUUGCUUGAUUCUACUAUUUCCAAGUCCUUUCCAAAUUUCAGUAAUGCAAAACACAAUAUCUUGUGUUCUGAACUGAAACAACUAUAUGUUGCUAUCACUCGAACAAGGCAAAGGUUAUGGAUUUGUGAGAAUACAGAGGAACUUUCCAAGCCUAUGUUUGACUAUUGGAAGAAGAGGUGCCUUGUCCAAGUAAGAAAGCUAGAUGAUUCACUUGCACAAGCAAUGCAAGUUGCAAGCAGUCCAGAAGAGUGGAAGGCUCGGGGAAUCAAGCUCUAUUGGGAAAAUAACUAUGAGAUGGCAACAAUGUGCUUUGAAAGAGCAGGAGACACAAUGUGGGAAAAAAGGGCCAAGGCUGCUGGUCUUAAGGCAGCUGCUGACCGUAUGCGUGUUUCCAAUCCUGAGAUGUUUCGCACCGUCCUUAGGGAGGCUGCUGAAAUUUUUGAUUCUAUUGGAAGGGCCGAGUCUGCUGCUGAAUGUUUUUGUGACUUGGGGGAGUAUGAAAGAGCAGGAAAUAUUUAUAUGGAGAAAUGUGGGGUAUCCGAGCUGAAGAAAGCCGGUGAAUGUUUUUCUCUGGCAGGAUGUUAUGAGCGUGCAGCUGACGUUUAUGCGAAGGGAAAUUAUUUCCCUGAGUGCUUGUCAGUUUGCACCAAAGGGAAAUUUUUUGAAUUGGGUUUGCAGUACAUCGAAUACUGGAAACAACUUUCAACCAUGGAUGAUGGUAUGGUCACAAGAAGUAAAGAUAUGGACAAGAUUGGACAAGAGUUUCUACAGAUGUGUGCACUUAACUAUUGUGAGCUUAAAGAUAACAGAUCCAUGAUGAAAUUUGUUAGAGCUUUCCACUCGAUGGAUUUGAGACGCAAUUUCUUGAAGUCUUUAGAUUGCCUUGAUGAGCUAUUAUUGUUGGAAGAAGAAUUGGGAAACUUUGUGGAGGCUGCAGAGAUUGCUGAACUGAGAGGAGAUCUUCUACUUGAGGCUGAUCUUCUAGGAAAGGCAAGACAUUUCAAGGAGGCUUCCUUACUCAUCCUUUGGUUUGUGUUUUCCAACUCUCUAUGGGCACCAAAUAGUAGAGGUUGGCCAUUGAAGCCGUUCACGCAAAAAGAGGAUCUUUUAUCAAAAGCCAAGUUAUUUGCAAGGAAUGAAUUGGAUCCCUUCUACGAGUUUGUCUGCACUGAGGUUAAAAUUUUGUCACAUGAACAGACUAACUUGUUUGAGUUGAAGCAAUAUUUCAAUGCUUCCCAGCAACAUAACAGUCUCAGAGGUGAAAUAUUAUGUGUUUGGAAAAUUCUGGAUGCCCAUCUUGACUUGAACACCUCCAAGUAUGACUGGGAAGAUGAAUUGUCAGUGGAUCUGAGAAAGCACUCAGAGGAUAAGAUUUCACAGAAUCGGGUUUCUCUUGAAACACUAGUUUAUUUUUGGCGUCUAUGGAAAGAAAAAAUUGUGAAUAUCUUUGAUUGCCUUGCGGGUAUUGAAGCCGAAAAUUUUGGCAAUUAUAUUGUUUUUGAGAAGUUCUGUUUGAACUAUUUUGGUGUGCGAAGGAAAUUUAAUAAUCAAAACAGCAUUUACCACAUGCUGAAACCUGAUGCUGAUUGGGUGAGAACAAUUGGUGACAGAUCCACAAGGAGGAUUGGGAAGUUGGUCAGCGCUGAUGCCCGCCAUUUUGUUUCUGCCGCUAGGAGUUAUUGGCGUUCAGAAUUGUUUUCUGUUGGUAUCAAGGUGUUGCAAAAUCUUGAAGCCCUCCAUAAGUUCUCAACUAGGCAUUCCUUGUCUAUGUUUUGCCAAAGCAUGCCUCUCCGUCAUAUCUUUGAGAUUGCAAAAUUUCUUCUGGACUCCAAGUUUCUUCAUUGCAAUAAUCAUGAUAUUGGAACAUUGCAAAAUUUUGUUCAAUUAUCUACUUACUACUUUGUAGACGUUUUUCCUAUAGACUGUCAGAAAUCAUCGACAGAGAAUAUGAUCUAUCUGAGAAGGACUGAGCUGUCCCGGACUUUACUUGAAGAAGUUGUUCAUGGAAACAUCAAGGGUAAACUGACCUAUGGGCAAAUUGGGAGGGUGGUUAUGAUUUGGCUUUGGUCUGGAAAACCCACAGAGGAGCUGUACAAGAAGAUUGAGGAAAGGUUCAAAGACAAUUCAUCUUGGAAAGCAUUGGUUAAAAACCUCAGUGAGAACAUAAUGCCAGAAUCUUUGGAGGAGUCACCAUCGAGCAUUUCUGAUGAAGCUUCAAGUGCAAUCUCUUUGAUUUGCAAGUUCCAUAAAGCUUUGGAAGAUGCUUAUAAUGCCAAUUGGAGAAAAGAAAAUGAUUAUAUAUCACCAAGUUGCUUCUUGUAUCUUCUUGACCGCCUACUGAUCCUAGCAUUUAACGUCCAGGGAUUCUUUCUCACAACAAAAUCUUCAACUGUUGAAUGGCUUAUUUAUCAGCAAUGGAUGACGAACCCAGCUGGCAGUUCUGCAACUGACUUUCAAUCAUCUCUGGCAGCUGUGUAUGACUUUGUGGUCUCCAUAAUUCAGCAGUUUCUUUAUAAUAGACAGGAUACAGAGGAAUGGAUUAAGAAAUCUAAAAUAAAUUUCAAGAACUAUUAUCCACUGCUGGUGACAAGACUGGUUAGUAUUUUGUGUUUAAUUUGUGUGAACUCUGGAAGAUAUUUUGAUAUACUUCCUCAGUUGCUUGGAAGGGGUAACAUUACUUCACAGCUACCAAAGGAACUCUGGCACGUUCUUCAGCGAAUGAGGAAGGGCAAUGGUGCAAAUGUGAAUGCAAAUGUGCUUGCAGAAGCAUUCAAAAGGAUUGGAGAUCCUCUCGUGAUUGUGAGCUUGAGAAUAAAUUGUGCAAACUUCUUCUGUCCUGAUGCCAUUUUGGUGGACAUGGGGGUAACCCAAUGCAGGGAGGACAUUAUAAGAGUCUUGUUUCCUAGGAACACCAGAGCUCCCCCAGGCCAAACUGCUUCUGCUGAAGCAGAUAUGUCUAAUUCCUGCAAGAAAGGAAUUUCUUUGAAUGGCAAGGAUGGAUCGAAUGUACUUACUGUGACAUCUUCUAACCUUGCUCCCAUGGAAAAUCAGAACAUGAACACAAAAAAUGAAAAUGAUCAAGACAUUAAAAUUAAAUGGGGCAUAUUUCGGGAAAUAUCUGAUGCUGUAGAGUUGGUUGAAAGUAGAAAAGAUGGAAAUUUGAUGAAAUUUGUGUCCAAUGCUUCCAAGAUGAAGGAGCAAGUGGAGGGAAUUCGUUUCUUCUUGUUGGAAGCAACUAGCCAGUGCUUAGAGAAGAAAUUUUGUGCUGGUGAAGAUGGAAACCUUUCUGCUGAAGCAAACAACAUGCUUGAGGAAUUGAAGCAACUUUCAUCUGCAUUAGUGACCCGGAACAUGAGAAAAACCUUUCAAGCAUCGGAGAACUUUCGAGGAGGUUGCAGUCAAGGUUGUCUUGGCUAGAGACUUCUUUCUUGAACCCUUUAGUCUCUCAUAAAGAUACAAAUGUGAGCACUGUCUCAGAUCCUCAAUACGAUGUGGAAGCUGACAUUAGCAAGUCUGAGGAAAUCGGCAAAUCUGAUGAAGGCAACAUGAAGGAUUUGAGGGCUAUUGCUGCUUCUGAAGGCCAAAGCAAUGCUAGCAAUGAUGCUGCUGAAAGCAGCAAGGGCAAAAGAAAUAAAAAGUCUAAGAAGGGAAAAAGGGGGAAAGGAGGUCGGAAGAACUAACCAUGCCAUAGAUCCCAAUUUUUUUUAAUACAUCUUGCAGUCUAUUUGGGUUUUGUGUAUAAUAUCUUUGGUGAUGGUGAUAGACUGAUAGUUUGAUUAGUUGAGUAAAGGUGGGUUAAAUCAAAAGAAUAAUAUGUAUGUAGGUGGGUUAAUGAGGAUUGCACUUUCUUCUGGCUGUUGUUGGAAGGUAAUAGAAUUAAGUGUUUUGGUUAUUGUACAUAUGUUGAUAUUAACAGAGACUUUGAUUGGAAUCACAUAUCCAACAUAAAUAUUUCUUACACAACAUUAAGGUGAAAUGGCGUGUCUU